AGGAGGGAACCGCCAUCAAAACCUAAGAUGCUUCCUUGUCCUCCGACGUCCCACAUCCCACAUCGGGGACAGAUGCAAGGCGUCCCCGCCCUCGGAGACACACGCACAGGCACCCGUUCAGGGGUGACACGUGGUGACUUGCUGGAAACACGGGCACCUCCCCCCACCCCCACCGAGUGCGCGCUGAGCAAGGCGGGGGCCGGGCGCCGGGUCUGCCUCCGUGCCGGGAGCCACUCACCCUCCGGGGGCGGUCUGGGGGAAACAGCCUCGAGCCUCUUCCUGCUGAUGCAAUCUGCCGGAGGCCGGCCAUCCCCGCCGCGAGGGGCCAGUCCGCCGUCCGCGCGCCACGUGUGGAGCUGCCGCCCCGCAGCCCCGCCGCCCCGCCCGGCUUCGCUCCGCUCUGCUCGCCUGCUCCUCUCCGCCGACGGAACGAUGAAGGACAGCAAAAACGGAUGCUCCGCAGAAUGUACUGGAGAAGCAGGAUCAAAAGAGGUGGCCGGGACUUUUAAGGCUGAAGAUCUAAUAAUCACACCAGCCACCAUUUUGAAAGAAAAGCCAGACCCAGCUACUCUGGUUUUUGGAACUGUGUUCACGGAUCACAUGCUGGCGGUAGAGUGGUCUGCAGAGGUUGGAUGGGAGAAGCCCCAGAUCAAGCCUCUUCAGAACUUGUCAUUGCAUCCCAGCUCAUCGGCCUUCCACUACGCGGUGGAAUUAUUUGAAGGAUUGAAGGCAUUUCGAGGAGUGGAUAAUAAAAUUCGACUGUUUCGGCCAAACCUCAACAUGGAUAGAAUGUACCGAUCUGCUAUCAGGGCAACUCUGCCGGUAUUUGACAAAGAGGAGCUUUUAGAGUGUAUUCAACAGCUUGUGAAACUGGAUCAAGAGUGGGUCCCGUAUUCAACCUCUGCUAGUCUAUAUAUUCGUCCUACAUUCAUCGGAACUGAGGUGCAAACUGCCUCCCUGUUUUCGGGUACUUUGGUGGGCAAGUUACCAUUGUUUAUUCCUGUGGCAAGUCCUGGUUCUCCUUGCUACCCGCCUGUCAUCAUCGCCAUCACCCACAUUCUGACACUCUACCCAGUGCUGGGCAUCGUGCUCGGUGCCUCCUGUGUGCUGACAGCCAGCCUGAAUUAUGGCUCAUCUCUCUUCGCCCAAUGUGAAGCACUGGAUAAUGGGUGUCAGCAGGUUCUAUGGCUCUAUGGAGAGGAUGAUCAGAUAACCGAGGUUGGAACUAUGAAUCUCUUUCUGUACUGGAUAAAUGAAGAUGGAGAAGAAGAACUGGCAACUCCUCCGCUAGAUGGCAUCAUUCUUCCAGGAGUGACGAGGCAGAGCAUUCUGGACCUGGCAGACAAGUGGGGUGAAUUUAAGGUGUCGGAGAGGUACCUCACCAUGGAUGACUUGACAGCAGCCGUGGAGGGGAACCGAGUGAGGGAGAUGUUUGGCUCCGGGACGGCCUGCGUUGUGUGCCCCGUUUCUGAUAUUGUGUACAAGGGCGAGACUAUACACAUUCCAACUAUGGAGAAUGGCCCUAAGCUUGCGAGCCGGAUCUUGGGCAAAUUGACUGACAUUCAGUAUGGAAGAGAAGAGAGCAACUGGACAAUCAUAGUAUCCUGAAUGGAAAACACAGGAGAUCAUCAGUGUGCUGUUGGGACAGACUGUUGCAUUUGAAUUAUAAUGGGUUUCUUUGGCUCUCUGUUUUUAGGUGUGCAUAUUUGUUCUGUCAGUGUUACCAAGUUGAUUGCUUCCUCAUGCCAGAGGAAAUGAAUUGUAACCAUCAAAGGGUGUUCUGUAGACUUUGUAGUAGAAACUUACCUUACCUUCUCUUAGAAAGAUGGCAACAUAAGCCAUACAGUAUAGACUUCUCCUCGGUGAUCUUAGUGCCUCUCUUAGUACUUUACUCAGAUACAAAAAUGUUUAUUUUUCAGCAUAAGUUAUGUUGUGUUCCUCAACCGAGUGUUUUUGUAUUUGAAAGCUCUGUAAUUGUGGGUAGCAUUUCCUGUGACACAUACUCAUUCUUAGAAAGUGUUUUGAUUUCUUUAAAAUCAGACUGAAAAACUGGAUUUCCUGUCAUCGCCUUUUAUUGCAGGCCCCCCAAGUACAUCUUAAGGUAAAUCUCUCCCUUCUUUCCAAGGUCGCAGUCCACUCCACGCCCUCCUUCUGCAUCAGCAAGACCCGUGCAUGUUUCCACCAUUGCCCUUUGCACAUGGUAUUGUAAUUGGCUGUUGGUGAGCCUCCAGUAGAAGAUCAAGGGUCUGUGCCUUAGAGAUCUUUUUAUCCCCCUGACUGGCACAUCAUAGGUACUCAGUAAAUAAUGAGUGGAUGAACAUUUAGCUUCUGUAGAACUGUACCUUCUUUGUUUCUAUCUUACGAGAGACCUCUUUAUUAGAAUUUGGGAGUGAUUCUGACAUUGUGUAUAUUUACCUCAUCCUGUCCUCAUUUUCCAUGGACUGCUAAGCCAUUCGAGGUACUCAAAGGCAUAGUUAGAGGAAUUAUUUCAUAUUUGAAGACUGUGUUGAAAUUGAAGUAAUAGUUCUGGAGAGGUAGUGAUAUCAUAAACCAAAUGGAAAUGACAUGGCAAGUGUUAAAUAGAAAAUAAAUCAUCUUUAGUUUUUUGGUAGAAAGCAGAGAAGUAGACUCUGGUUUGUAGGUGUUCAUUUCUGUUGAACAGAGAAUGGAUGGAUGAGCACGUGUGGCUAGGGUACAGGGAGAGCCGUUACAGAUGAUGUUUUCCUCAUUUAGGAGCUGUGAGUUAAAAUUGCAUUCUGGUUUAUCUAGGGGAAAGUCAAAUCUUGAUAGAGAACAUUUACCCUUGGAAGGUCAACUCUCAGACAUUAUAUUUUGAUGUCCUUCAGCCCGACUAACUUUCAUCUUGCUGAUCAUAUUUCAUUCUCUUUUCAGAGCAAGGAAAAAAAAGUAUUAAAAGUUUGAUGUGUUGGAAAAACUUCCUUAAGGCAUUUAGCAGCACAUAGCAAAUGGAGCUUUGAUUCUCUUCCAAGACUUUUGGCCACAGAGUCUUUUCAGAUAGGAAUGGCAAAAUGAAAAUUAGGGAAGUAGAAGAUGAAAAGGAAUGGUUAAAAGUAUCUUUUAGGGGGCUUUUAGUUGGCGAUCUGAAGCCUUGGGAGAAUCUGUUCUUUUCAGGCCUCGGGGGCUUUAGCUGUCUUCUACACUCUCAUUCAUUAAGUAGCCAUGGUAGGGGUAGGUGUUUGCUGUGUCUAAGUCCUGUGACCUCAUUUUUAAUAUAAUUCUAGAAAAGACCUAUAGGUAGUUCUAACCUCUCAAGUAGCACAUAAUAAAGUUCAUUUUAUACUUUGCAUCUUUAAAUUUAGUACGGCAAGGCAUGUUGUAAAAGUUUAAGAACAAAAUAUCUUGACGUUAUGUGUGUAUGAUUUCUUUCAUCAAACCUGAAGAGCAUCAUAAGCCCUUUCUACCAGAUUUAGUGAAGACUAAGCAUAUACGUUUUAAAAAACACAAUCUGCCGUUCUCGGUUAAGUAAUAAGACAGGAAGGAAAUUGACCUUGACGUUAACUUGUUAAAUAGAUUUAAAAGGAACAUCUGCACAUCUUUUUUCUUGUGCACUAUUUGUUUAAUUGCAGUGGAUUAAUACAGCAAGAGCAGCACAUUAUAACUAGGCAAUUAUCCAUUCUUCAAGACUCAGUUAUCGUAACACUAAUUGAUCAUUUAAGGCGUAAGAUAGUCUAGCAUUAGGAACAUGUGAGGCUAAUCUGCUCAAAAAGAUCAACAAAUUAAUAUUGUUGCUGAUAUUUGCAUAAUUGGCUGCAAUUAUUUAAUGUUUAAUUGGGUUGAUCAAAUGAGAUUCAGCAAUUCACAUGUGCAUGAAUAUAAACAGAAUUGGUGGCACUUAAAAUGAUAAUGAUUAACUUAUUUUGCGUGUUCUGUUCCUCCCACUUUUUUUCAGUUUUUACAUUUCAGACCAAGUUUGUCAGCUUUUUCCAAAACACAUCAGUAGAAACCAACGUUUUUAAAUGAAGUGUUCAGGCAUAGAUAAAACCUGAGCAUUUCCUGAAGAUAUUUACUGUUAAAAAUUUUCUUUGUCACCAUCAUGUAUUAAGGAUCCGACUCACGGUAUACCAAAGGGAGAAUCCACUUCAGGGAUGCGUACUGUGCUGUGGUACCUGCAGUUGCUGGGAAUGAAUAAACUAGUAAUACCUGUUUCCACAUUUGCUUUCAGAAAUACAAAGGGAAAGUCAAAGAGAAAGAGAAAUGACUGAGAAAUCUUAUUAGGGAAUCAUGUCUGUCUUCUACCUGGUGAACAUCUUCUAUUCUUUCCUCAAAAGAUUGUCGUAAGAAAAAUAAAGAUCAGAGGUAACAGCAAGAAAGCACAGCAUGACAUCAACUAUAUGACAUGCAAUGUCAGAGUCCUGAAGAUACGGGAAACAGACUAUAUUAUCCAUUAUUCUUUGGUUAGAAUUUUUUGUCAGACCAGUUUUGUUGCUUGAUAUACUGGUACCUACAUAAGCGAUCUAAACUUCCCUUCAGUCAGAGCACUUUUGGGCACUGAAGGCAAAAAAAUCAGUUUAUCUUGGUCAAAAGAACUGUAGCCUUUUAUUAAAGCUGCAGUUUCAGCUCUGCUUUAGGGGGGUCUGUGCUAUAAAAUCAGCUGCCAAAAUAAGCUUAUUUAUUUUCACCAUUUCCUCUCAGCACUCAAUCACUAUAUUCUUUUCCUUAAAAAGUUUCUUUUUAAAAUGAUGUUUAGUUUACCCUUAUGGUAGGGAAAAUACAUUUUAAGCAAGACAACAUUUAUUCACUUUCAGGGAAUGAUAUUUUCUAAAACAAGUACAGCAAUAAAUACUCAGUGGUUGCCCUGAAGCAAAGGGCUUAGGCAGGGUUUAGAGUUAUUGUAAAGAUCCCCUAUUUUGAGUCCUGUCUCUCUAUAUGAUCAAAGAAUUCUUCCUUGUGAUGUGAGUUUCUUCAUACGUGGAUAUGCAAAAACUUAAGUUAUAAAUAGUAAUGUUGGCAAGUAGUUUCAGUGGGUACUCUAUAACACCUGUCACUUUGUUUUGCCACAAGUAGGGUUUGUUCAGCUGUUUUCCAAGUAUCUCCCCCCACACGGAGGCAAAGAGUUCCAGCUCUUCAACAAGCAUGACCUGUUAAUUGACAAAGAUCAAGGAGAUGAUAGUUCCUUUGAUACAUGUUGAUUGAGUACCCACCAAUGUAUACCUAACACAACUAGUGGUAUUGAUAUAGGGAUUGGGAAGUCCAUUUUAGAAAAGGAGUAUAUAAGCAUUACCCUCAUGGAGUUUAUACUCUACUACUUGAACUUAUUUUUUAGAUAUAAAAAUAGUAUUUAACACACCUAGAUAAGAAGACAAAGAGCAUAUCCCUCACUAAGAAAUCACUGUGAACAUUUUCAUUUCAUUUUUAAAGGAAAUUGGUCCUUUUUUUCCAUUCCUUUCCUACAGUGUGAAAAUGCUCAGUAGGAUUAGUAGUGAGGGGUUAUUCAGCCAUUGAAUAGAGCUGUGGAUUACCUCCUGUUUCACUGCUUACCACCAACCUAACACAUUUGUUAACUGCAUUCUUUUGGAGCGAUGUGAAGCUGUCAUGGCACAUAUAAUGAAAGAAUACCUCCGACCACAGCAUCUUUGCAGAUCUUACACUCAAAGUUAGAUGUUAUUGAAAUAAACCAAAUAUUCCUGGAAUGAGUAUUUCUGGAAAGUGUCUACCAUGAAUCAGGCUGUUGUAGAGUGUUAGCUUGUAAAUGACAGGUCCAGCUUCUCAGAAAAUAACAGGUGGAAGACUCAAUAACUUCACAGUUUGAGGUUUUAAAAGGCCACUUAAAGUAUUGCAAAGAGAUAAAUGUUUAUCAUUGCCAAAAAAUCCUUUUAAAAAUACAAAGGUAAAAGAAAGUGAUCUAUUUUUCAUCAGCAGCAUAGCAUACCAUAAUAAAAGACUUCUCAGAUAUUCAUUUGGGAAGUUGAUGAAACAUUAUCAACCAGAUAUAGUAGUGUUUGUGGGCAGAUAAUACCCUGGGACCAGGUAUAUGUGAACAUCCUUUUUUUAAUGAAUGAUAAAGGCAUGAAAUUCAGUAAGACUUUAAAAUCUGCCUGGUACAAGUGUUGAACUUUAAAGUAAUGUUACUCUCUCUCAAACUAUUUUUCAUACCACAGUAGGCCCAAUUAAUAAGGCCUAAAACCUGAGUUGCAAAUUGAUCUAUGAAUCUGCUAUUGGGAUAGUUAGAAUUGACUGCAAGCUGUGGUAUGGGAGUGAAUUAAAGUGUAAUUUCAUUGACAGAUUUCUUUGCACAUCUUUUACAUGGCAAGGGUCCUUAUUGUUAUGAAGAAAUUUUUAAUUACAGAACGUGUCAGAGGAAGACCAACCUGAGAUUGAGAAAGAAAGGAAUGACAGAGGGGGAAAAAACUCAAUCUUGCUUCUGUGUUGUCCAAAGGAGCUUUUUCCUUAUUCUGCCAGCCACAGGGACCUUCAGUUCUCAACAUGGGUGCCAAUUAAGAAGUGACUAAAUACGGUGGCCCAUUCAUCAGUUAUUAAGAUUAGGCCAUAAUCAUGAGGUAAUAAUCUGACUGUCACAUUACACGGAAACCAUUUUACUUUAAAUUGCAUCGUCCAUAGGAUCUAGUGUGUCGUUUCUUCAUCUGAUUCUAAGAUUUGUGAUACUUCUUGAGACUGAAUUAAAGAAUAAGUGACAAGGAGUAGAUUGUGACUCUUCCCCGCCCCCAUUAGAAAUACUGUUUACUACCAUGCCCCUUUCCCAGGUGCAAGUUAACCCAUUUGGAAUUUAGUUGAAUACUAUGUUUUGGUUUUGCUGAGCAUCAACAUGCUGCAGUUCCUCCAGCUCAUUCUGCGUGGUCAUUAAAGUCAUUCUCAGGAUCAAGAAAGGAAAGCAAAUACCUGCCUCGAUUUCUGCUUCAUUGAUAUGUUUUGACAGACUGUUACAAACAAGCUAGCUAAUCUGGACACUAAACUCUGCAGAUGUUUCCCUGGCAAUAAUGUACAGGAAUGAGUGAUCUUGCAAUGCACCCAGUUAGCUCAUACAUCGAGCCUGACCCACUGCUCUGAAGGAUUUGUGCUUCCCUGGUGUGGUGGCUGUGAGAAAAUAAGUCAUUGUGCAGAGGUAGUUUUUAAAUCAGAAUUUACAGAUAGAAACAGGAGAAGAGCUUAACUCUGGAAUUUUUAGUAUGCGUUCUCUUACAUCUAAAACUUACGGUAAAGAAAAUCCCCAGCCAUUGCUUGUCUCCGAUUUCUCUCGUUGUGUAGUGGCUCUUAAAAUUACCUUUAAGAAAAAUCAAGUGGAAAGAAAGAAACGCUUUGUAAAUAAGGCUUGGCUUUCAUAGAAAAUUGUUUAAAGGUUAUGUUAAAAGGAUUUAAGUUCACCAGAAGUGUAAUAACGGAAAUGUGGAAAAUACAGUGGGUAAAGGAAACUACCUCAUUCUUAGAAGGUUUUAUAGAAGCACAAUUAAACAUUCUAAAAUGGCUUUGUACACAUGAACCAUCUGGUGUGAAAGAACUCUAUAUUUAUAAUGUCUAAAGGACCUGGAAUAAUUGUAUUUUGCUGGCAAUAGACACAUUCUUAUUGUUUGCAGGUUCCUCAUCAAAUCUUUAAUUAUGCACUGUUUCUGUCAUCAAUAAAACAACCUAAAAGGAA